AUGCGCCGCGCGAUGGGCGCCCCCACCCCUCCCCUCACGCGCUACAAGCUGCGGCCCAGGACCUUUGGGGAGCGCGACGCGGCGGCGGCGCACGCAGAGGCGGGGGCUGCCGCGGCAGCCGUCACCGGGACCGCAGGGGCGGAGGGCGUCGCCGCCAGUGCG